CUACAAGCUCAACUUGUGCCAUCAUCACUCACCUUCUUCCAACCCCUGCGUCAGCACCCAAGAAGUGCGAGGCAUCUCUUGAAGGGCUUGCAACACCGGCAAGCACUUUUGCUAGGCACCAUGGCGGCGAGCUGGAGCGUUGUCGUGUUCUGCUUGCUGCUGGCGCUGGGCGUUCGCUUACGAGUCGCCGAAAUAAGAGCCGAGGCGCACGUCCGCGCCGCGGAGGUGACGGCGGAACAACACCGCCGUCACCUCCGCGAUUUCAGGACCUGCGCCUGGCUGAUUGGUGGCCUGACAGGUGGCCUGACAGGUGCCAUUCUCGUCGGCUACCCUAUAAGAGAGCUCUACAACAAGGUCUGUGCAGCACUGGACGCCGUGGCACGCCAGGCUGUGGACCCCAUCCGGGCCGCCAUCAAUGCUCAUGCGGCCGCGAUCGCUGGGGUGCUCACCACUUCCUGGCUAGUGGCCAGAGACUGGCCGCUCCGGCUUUGCAACGGCGUGGCAGGCGGCGUCGCUUACUGCCUAGUAGCUGCGCGGCAACGGCGCCUGCAAGGGGCAGCGGCCAGGCGAUAGAGCCAGGUGGUGGGCUGGACCUGCCGUAGGAAUUGGUCUUCCUGCGAGCUGCGGUGCAGUUCAUUAGACAGUAGGCCAGUGGGUACGUGGUGGCGCUGGCGGAGGGGCAGGACGCUAGGCACACGGUUUUGGCCAUUACCUGUGGCACUGCACAAGCGGCUUGGCGCAACAAUUCAGGACCCCGGGGGUAGAUAGUGUGCUGUCCGUGCCAAGGUGUGGCCGUGGGGUUUAGUCAUCUGUGGGAUGGCAGGCCGCGCCAGGGUACGUAGCAAGAAAUUACGACCUUCCUUAGAUGCUGACGGCAGGGGCGUGUGUCAUGAGUUGGUUGGCCGCCGGAUGAGCGUGCCAAUGCCAUUGAGUUGUCGGGCCGAAGGCAAGGGGCCGUCUUUUGGCUCUAGGAACACCUUCCUUGCGUGAACGAAGGCCACAAUGAACACACAGUACUGCAUGUAAAAACAUUGCAGC